CAAACAAUCAACUGUCAAUAACGAUACUGUCGAAACUAUUAUAAAUUCAUGUACAAGACCCUCACACUCAAGAGAUAAAGAGACAUAUGUGGUGCGACAGCUGAGGCCGUCAGUCGGUGGCGCGUGCGGAAUGCGGUAUGGAGAGGGGGAAAGAUAUUUUUAUGGAUAGCGCCCACCGAUACCAAACUGCGCUCAUUUGCCUCUUAGUCGCACGGGAAGAGGAGACUAAACCUGUGCCUUGGGAAUUUAGAUUUGAUUCUAUCAUUUUCAAAGCCACCGUGAAUUAGGGGAAAAAAAUCGUAUGAAAAACAUAGGGAGAAUAUCACUCUAAAUAAGCCUCAUCUGACGUAUCUUGCAACAGGCCCUGUCACUGUGUGGCUGAAACGGCAACACGACUGAAGUGAUGAGUCUGGCGAAUGUUCCAACAGGCACAAUACAUGUAAACGACACAGAAAACACAAACGACUCAGCUGAUGCUAAUGAUACAAACAUGAUCAAUGAAGAAAACCAUAAAGAGGAAGAAAACAUGACACACGGCACAGCUGAAAUGCAUGACAAGAGUUGCACGAUUGAAGAGGUGGAAAUGAACGAUGUUACAGAUGAACCACAGAAGAACACAUUAGCAGAUAAGGAAGAGCCCAAACAGGAGACAAAGACCCCUGGCAAGGCAAGAAAGCGAGAGAGGGUCCCGAAAACAAAUGACGCAAAUAUCAUCCAAGUGGAUAGCAUGGAUGAUGUGGCUGAUGCAUCGGAUGACACGAAUGUGACUAAUAUUACAGAAGUGGCACUAAAACAAGAGAAACUGUUUAAAACAUCUAAACCUGUACAGAGGAGUUAUGUUCCUAAAUUGGGGAAAGAAGAUGUCAAGAAUAAAUUUGAAGCCAUGCAGAAAGCUAGAGAAGAGAGAAACCAAAAGAGAAGUCAGGAAGAGCAAAAGAAACGCAGGGAGCAAUACGUUAAAGAGAGAGAAUACAAUCGCAAGAAGCAAAUGAUAAAGGAACUCCUUGCCUCCAGCGAUGAAGAGGAAGAGGUGAAGCCGACCAAGAUAGAAAAAUCCUACGUUCCCAAAAUUACUGGCAGUGUGAAGGGCAAGUUUGCUGAGAUGGAGAAACAGAGGCAGGAGGUGGAGAGGAAAAGAACAGAAGAGGAGCGAAAGAAGCGAGUUAAACAGGAGGCCAUGGAGAAGGCCAAGAUUAAGAAAGAGUUGGCCAAGAAAGCAGAGGAGGAAGGAGAUGACAGUAUUUUGGUCAGAGUGGUGCCUGCAAAAUCACAGAAACAACCAGGAAAGAUCCAGAUCAACUUUGAGGACAUGGAGAAGAGCCGAGAAGAAGAACUAAAGAAGCAGACUGAGGAGGAGAAGAAGAAGAGAUACGAUGAGAACCGACGGUCUUUCCGUGAGGCCAAGCGUCGCUCCAUAGCUGAACAGCUGGAGGAUACAGAGUAUCAGCCCAAAGAGAGGGAGCAGGUGACCCCUGGUAAACUGCGUCUGACCUUUGAAGAACAAGAAAAAGAGAGACAGGAACAGCAGAGAAAGCAGGCAGAGGACGAAGCCAGACGCAGACUGGAGGAGGAGAGAAAAGCAUUUGAAGAGGCCAAGCUGGGCAUGUUCCAGGAUGAUGAGGACACUCAGGUUACUCUGGGGGAAAAGGAAGAAUUCAGGCCUGGUAAACUUCGACUCAGCUUUGAGGAGCUGGAAAAACAGAGACUGGAAGAGGAACAUAAGCGAGUGGAGGAAGAAAGGAAAAGGCGCAUCAAAGAAGAGAGAAAGGCCUUUGCUGAGGCCAGAAAAAGCAUGAUUUUAAAUGAUGAUGACGACAUCCUGCUUGCCAUGAUAAACUCAGAUGGGGCCACACCUGGGAAGUUGGCCAUCAGCUUUGAGGAUCUGGAAAGACAGAGACGAGAAGAGGAGCAGAAGAGGAAAGAGGAAGAAGCCAAGCGACGCCUGGAAGAGGAGAAAAGACUUUUCGCAGAAGCUCGCAAGAACAUGAGCCCUGGACUGAAUCAGGAUAAUAUGACUGGAUGUGGAGAUGGAGAAGUACAGGACGAUGAUGAAACUCUGGUGCGGACAGAGUCACAGGAAGCAAUACAUUCUGGAAAACUAGAGAUCAACUUUGAGGAGAUGCUAAAGAUGAAAGAGGAGGCAGAGAGGAAACGCAAAGAGGAGGCCAAACGCAAGAAAAUGGAGAUGGAGAAGAAAGAAUUUGAACAGUUGCGGCAAGAGAUGGGCGAGGAUGAGAUCAAUGAAAGUUCUGAGGUGGUGAGUGCCGAGUAUGAAGAGCUAACAAAGCUGAAGCGGACUGGCUCCAUCCAAGCCAAGACACUGAAGUCCAAGUUUGAGAAGAUCAAGCAGCUUACAGAGGAGGAUAUCCAGAAGAAGAUCGAGGAGGAAAGAGCAAGGAGGAAAGAAAUUGAUGAGAAAAUCAAGGAGAGAGAGGCAGAGCGCUGUCAAGAGGAUGAAGAUGAGGACAAAACAACUCCAACAAAAGUAGAGGAUGUACCAUUCAGACAGAAAGUGGACAUGCGUGCACGGUUCGAACAAAUGGCAAAAGCCAGAGAAGAGGAACAGAAGCGGAGGGUUGAAGAGCAGAAAUUACAGAGGAUGCAAUUCGAACAAAAAGAGAUUGACGCUGCUCUGCAAAAAAAAAAGGAAGAAGAGGAGGAGGAAGAGGGUAGUAUUAUCAAUGGCUCUGCUGCCUACGAGGACGAAGAGGACCAUGCCAGGUCAGGUGCUCCAUGGUUUAAAAAGCCCCUGAAGAACCAGUCAGUGGUUGACGCUGAGCCUGUACGGUUCACAGUGAAGAUCACAGGAGAACCCAAGCCAGAGGUCACCUGGUGGUUUGAGGGUGAGGUGCUUCCAGACUCGGAAGACUAUCAGUACAUUGAAAGAGGGGAGACCUACUGCCUCUACUUACCAGAAACCUUCCCCGAGGAUGAAGGAGAGUACAUGUGCAAAGCCGUCAACAGCCGAGGCACUGCUGCCAGCACCUGCAUUCUCACGAUUGAAACUGAGGACUACUGAUGCUCUCCUUCCUCUGGAAUUUUCCCAGACUAUAAUGUUUUUCUUUUCUUAGUUCAUUUCUCACGGUAGGGCCAAAAACUGAGGAGGAAGGAGCGGAAUUCUUUUUUGCCAUUCCUCCCAAAGAUAUGCUCAAUAAUGAAGUGCAAUCUGUUGUUUACAUAAGAUGCUGCACUCACGGUCUACAAAAAUACUUACUUGGGAUGAAUUAGUGCCAAAAUACAGAUGCUGUUCUCAUGAUCUUUAGCUGUUAAAUAGCAUAAGUGAAAAGCAUAGGUGAAAAUGAAAUCCGCUAAAUUGAAUACAGUUUGUAGUACAGUAUGUGGUUCAUCCUACAAUUUGGUGACAUUUAAGCCCACAGUACAAGUUGUAGUAUUUACAGUAUAUUAUAUAAUUUCACCUGAUUCCAAUUUGAAUAGGCUUGGUAAAAAUAAAAAAAUUAAAAAUUAAGACAUAAAUAAUUUUCAACACAUCAAUGAUAAAAAAAAAAAAAAAAAUUCAAUCAGAUUUCUAUUCCUCCCCCAUACAAUUAUGAGUUUAGUAAACAUUCUCUCACUAACAAGUAAAUGUGUAAUUUUAACACUGACAGUGGAGUUUUUUGUGUGUUCUUUGAUUUAUUUUCCACCCUGUUAUGUCAUGAUACUAUGAACAUUAACUGAAGAUAUACAUACAGUAUGUUAUGAAAUGUCAUCACACACACUUUAGGUGGACAUCAGCCAUUCAUCAAAAUUAUUUUGAGUUAUCUGAAGUUUUUAACUCUUGUUUCAUUUAUGAUUCCUUUCAUUUUGUGGUGUUAGUCAUACAGUAUGUGGUCAAGCAUAACAUUUUAUGUUAUAGAAAGAUAUACAGGCAUGGGAAAUUAAUGUAAUUUAAACAUUUCAAUAUAUUUAUGUGAACAGAAGUACAAUUAUUAAUAUAGUGUAAGUUUACAAAUAUGUUGGCUAGAUAUAAUUCACAGACCAUAUAGUGGCUAAUUUAUCCACUGAAUGUCCACCCUGUUAUUUUCCACUCUGACCCUGCCCAUUUAACUGGAUGGACAUCAACAUUUUAAUCAUUUAGCUUUACCGGUAUGACAAAUAAAAUUUUUGGCAUGUCCCUUUAGUGAUGAAACCUUUUAUUUUUUUUUAAGUUUCAAAGCUGAAAUGUCACCAAAUUGUAUAUGACCCAUGUACAACAUUAAAUAUACUCACUAUUUCCUUGAGAAAGGAUUUCAUACCCUUAGAAUGAAUGAGACAUAGGCUAUUACUUGCAUGUUUGAUUCAGUCUUUGUUAAUUCUUCCAGUUAAGGGGGCUGUGGUUGCAUCUUUUUUAAAUUCCUAUAAGCACAUCAGUUUAGGCUCAGAUUUUUUUUUUUUCACUUUGUGAUUCGAGUAUGGAAAGUUUUGACUAAAAUGUACAUGGAGCUUUAACAUCCCCAGAUGUUUCUAUGUUAAUGUGUUGUGAGUAAAUGAAAUGUAUGGACAGUGUAUGUAGGUUAGAAAGAGGUGAUUUUAGGUUUUAGGAAGAAUAUUUGUGUAAUGUACAAAAUUAUAAUAAAAUUAAU